GGAUAAGUAUCUAAAAUAAAAAAUAAAGAUAUGGAAGGUGGAAAGAUUAAAGUAACAAAUCCUAUUGUCGAACUUGACGGUGACGAGAUGACCAGAAUCAUCUGGCAAGUCAUUAAGGAUGAACUUGUUCACCCAUACUUGGAUCUUGACAUUAAGUACUACGAUCUUGGUAUCCAGAAGAGAGAUGAGACUGAUGACCAGAUUACUAUUGAAGCUGCUGAAGCUAUUAAGGAGUACGGAGUUGGUAUUAAGUGCGCUACUAUCACUCCAGAUGAAGCCAGAGUUGAAGAAUUCGGCCUCAAGAAGAUGUGGAAGUCUCCAAAUGGUACUAUCAGAAACAUUCUCAAUGGAACUGUCUUCAGAGAACCUAUUGUCAUCGAUAAUAUCCCAAGACUUGUUCCAGGAUGGACUAAGCCAAUUAUCAUUGGAAGACAUGCUUUCGGAGAUCAAUACAAAGCCACUGACUUCAUUGCUGACAAGCCAGGAAAGUUCAAGAUCCAAUUCGUCCCAGAAGACGGAUCUGAAGCCACUGAGAUGGAUGUCUUCGAAUUCAAGGACAGAGGUAUUUUGAUGGGAAUGUACAACACCGAUGAGAGUAUCAAGGGAUUCGCUCACUCAAGCUUCAAAUAUGCCAUCAACAGAAAGUACCCACUCUACUUGUCUACCAAGAACACCAUCCUGAAGAAAUACGACGGAAGAUUCAAAGACAUUUUCGCUGAAGUACAUGAGGAAUACAAGGAAGAAAUGGAAAACCUAGGUAUCUGGUAUGAACAUAGAUUGAUUGAUGACAUGGUUGCCUACGCUCUUAAGGCUGAAGGAGGUUUCGUCUGGGCCUGUAAGAACUAUGAUGGUGAUGUUCAAUCAGACACUGUCGCUCAGGGAUAUGGAUCACUCGGGUUAAUGACUUCCGUUCUCCUCUCCCCAACUGGAGCUGUUGAAGCAGAAGCUGCCCAUGGUACCGUCACCAGACACUACAGACAACACCAAGAAGGAAAGCCAACCUCCACCAAUCCAGUUGCCAGUAUCUUUGCUUGGACUAGAGGACUCACCCAGAGAGCCAAAGUAGACGGAAACGACGCAUUGGCCAAAUGGUCUGAGAUCAUGGAAUCAUCUAUCAUUGAGACCAUUAAGUCAGGAAAGAUGACCAAAGAUUUAGCUAUCUGUGUUGCCGGAACCUCCAGCGUUGACGAGUCAACCUACCAAACAACUACCGACUUCAUUGCUUCCAUCAAGGCUACCUUUGAUACCAACUGGAACAAAAUCAAGGACACUCUCUAAAUUUAAUUCCAUAGUGUGAAGAGGCUAUUAAAUCUAUAGACGUC